AUGCGAGGAUCAGCACAACUUCUCACAGCAGCCAUCACAGCGACACUGUACAUCACCAGCGUGAAAGCUGCCUCAAUUAAACGCGAUCUUAUCUUGCCGGAACAAACUAACCUUACGACCUUACCAAGAUGUGACAUCGGUAGCGAGAACAUACCUGAGUUCCCAGUAAUUGGGGAAACAAACCUCUUCUGGACCAUAUGCGUUGCAAUACCAGUCACGCCGCUGAGCUCGCGCACUGUCGCUACCAUCCUCGACGAGCUCAUCUACAACAUAAGACGAUAUCUUCCCCCUGAUGGAUCGCUGAAUCGCUAUCGAUACCGUCAUUCUCGGAAUAAAGACGUAGAGGUCGGUAUAGGUCCCUCGCAGAUUGGGACGGGUCCGCACCAGCGUACUGAUCCUGGAUGGGUGAUCCCGAAUCGCCUCGCUAGGACGAUCAUGAGCCAGCUAAGGGAUUAUGUGAGGAUGCAAUUCUCGGACCAAAUCUAUGCCCUGCACAUUUUCGUCUAUGAAAAGAAUACGCCUGCGAAGCGGAGUCGAGGCACGGUGGCCGGUGCGAAUGUUGAGCUCCGUCCACGGAUCCCUGUAGGUGAUGAUGAGUUAGGGCCUUUGGGCAAUGUCACGGCUACUUUGAAGUAG